AUGUCCGAAGUAGAUAUUUUGCCAAUAAGUGUUAGGUCUCAGGACGAUACUGUUUUGGAAGUGCCUACACCACGACAAGUAUUACGAAUUGCUAUUAAUUUGAAAUAUUUAAUAGAUAGUAUGAUUACCAGACAUUAUAAUGAUGGAGAUAUUGAUGCAGUAAUAACCGAAGAGUUUGUCACUUUGGCUUAUAAAGCAUGUGGUGGUGAUGAAAAGGAUACGCAAAGUUCUAAGAAAUAUCAGGCAGUUAUAGUUUUUGCUUUAUUGAAUGUUUAUUCUUGGUAUCAGUCUAUUAUCAAUGACGAAAUUCAUGAAAUAAAUUUUUUUAUUACUAGAUCCAUUGUUGUACAAAAAUUGUGUCAAAUUAUAAUUGAAAGAGAGGAAAAGAAAAAUAUUCAUUAUUUGUUUAAUCAUAUCUUGCUUAGACGUUAUUCUAUUUUUGAAAUAGCAGGAUCCUCGAACCAAAUGAAUGCAGUCGAAUUAGCUACAGAUCUUCAUUGUACCAUUAUAGUCGGAACUAGUGGGUUUCAAAGAUGUUUGGUAUGGUUAUGGGACGGUUGGAUUAUUCAAUCACCAAAAAAUCUUGACUGUUUCAUUAAAGAAGAAAUUGUUGUUUCGACUUCUUAUUUGGAUCAUUUUACACCACAACGUAUUAAGACACCCAAAUAUCAAAAUUUCUUAACAAUUUUAUUCUCUGUCAUAUAUUUAAUUCUCUACAGUACAGUUAUGAAUGAAAAAUUGAUUAUUAAUAUUGAACCUAUAAAUAAAAAAGAAUUUUGCUUUAUUUUGUUUACAUUAGGUUAUGUUAUUGAUGAAAUUAUGAAAUUUCAUUAUAUCGGUAUUGCAUAUUUCCAAUUCUGGACAUGUUUUAAUGAUUCACUUUAUUUACUAGUAACUUUAUCAAUCAUAUUGCGUUUAAAGAGUUUAUAUUUGAGUAAUUCACCUAAUGAUACAUAUGGUGUCAUCUCGUAUAGACUUUUGGCAUGUGCAGUACCAUUGGCUUGGUCAAGAUUAUUACUUUAUUUGGAAUCUCAAAAAUUUAUCGGUAUAAUGUUAGUUGUAGUGAAACAUAUGAUGAGAGAAUCAAUCAUUUUUUUCUUUCUUUUAAUUUUAUUACUGUUAGGGUUCUUACAAGGAUUUAUUGCGUUAGAUUUAUCAGAUGGGGAAUUGGAUGUCACAAAUUCAGUGAUUAAUAAUCUUUUGGCUACGAUUAUCGGAUUUGGAGACUUAUCCGUGUUUGAAAAUUUUGCAUCACCUUAUGCAACUAUCCUAUACUACUGCUAUUCCUUUGUCAUUUCCGUCAUCUUACUAAAUAUCUUGAUUGCUCUUUAUUCUAACGCUUAUCAAAAUGUUGUCGAUAAUGCAGAUAGCGAAUAUAUGUGUCUGAUGUCUCAGAAGACUUUAAGAUUUAUUAGAGCACCUGAUGAAAAUGUGUUUGUACCUCCUUGUAAUAUAUUUGAAAUAAUUCUAUCCCUGAUAUUAUUGGGCCAAAAUGAAGCCAUCAAACAAAGUGCUUUAUAUGUAGUAAUGACUCUAUUAUAUGCACCAUUAUUGAUCAUUACGUCAUUGUGGGAGGUUCGAACGGCAAGAAGAAUAAAGUAUAAUAGACUUUGGGGUGUUCCAGAUGAUUCAAAUCAACAAGACACAAUAUGGGACCUUACUGAUGGUUACGUUGAAAGUGUAGGUAUUUCAUUAAGAAAUGACGCCGAGACUGGUAUUAAAGCUACAUUGAAGAAGAACUCAACUAUGCUAAUAGAACAAUCACAAGAGGAAAAGAAAGACCCAAAAUUUUCAGUGACUGAAGAAUGGUAUGACCGUCUAGAAAAGUUGAAAAAUACAUCAAAUAACCCUCAGUCCACUCUAUUGAAAUUAUUAUAUGAACAAAAUAAGAAUAUUAUUAAAUUAACAAAAAAAAUCGAAAAAUUAGACAGAAAACUAGAAAUAUUGCAACAAAAGAAAAAGGACUAA